CUGCCUUGAAAAUGGCGACAAAGUUGCCUUGGAUUUGGUGAAGUAUUUUGAUUCAUAAAAAGUAUACGUUAAUUCUAUAUUGAUUUCAGAUGGAAUGGAGCGUUCUCACAGGAUAUCUCACCCUUAGGUAUUCCGCCAUUCAACGACCUUUUCAUCCCACGUAAUGCUUCGGAAGAGAUCCGGAUAGACCGGGCAAAUACCUGUCAGAGUUUGCUAAGAAAUAAUUCAAGAAUUUCUUCAUUUGAACAUGGAUCUAAACAAAGUUACCACGUACUCAGCCGCGGUCUUUGAUCGUAUCAAAAGCGCAGCAAAAAAUGCGACGGUAACAGCUGUUUCCGCCACUGUAAGUGCUGUAGGCGCUGUAGGAUCUCUCAUUGGAAAUCCCUUGACCAAAGACUUCGAUGUUGGAAGACAUGUGGCAAGUUUUGGGCCAAACUUAGCGUGGAAGAUAUACGAAGGGAAAAAGAAGACAACUGGACAGGUUCUCAUACCUCAUCCUUUUAAUCUUUUGCAUUGAAAAUUAUUUUUAUAAACGGCUAAGUGAUUCUUGUUUUUAUUUACGCUUAAUUUUAAUUGGUGUUUAUUAAAUCAGUUGGUUGACAGGUUACCGGUCGUUUCGAAAAAAAGUAGUUUCGAUACAAGUUUACUGAGUCAAGUUGUCCAAGCACAUACCAUAUUCGGAGUGAAAGAAAUUUUUGUGCAAUUUCACUGCUCGAGUUCAUCAGGAAACAGCUUUAUCAAAAAGACUUUGUAUCGAAACGACCGGUUUGUGGUUGACAUACAUGAAGCAGUAUGUUUUGAAGGAUGCUAGCAGGUCCUUUGAAAGAUAGUGUCAAAAUGACCAUCAUUCAAUAAUUAUUCUGAGCUGAAGUACAGCACCCUCCAUCAGUCAUUCCCUUAAAUCUAAGGGUUUUCCCAUAUGGUGAUUUUAUUGAUUCAAGCACGUCAUUAUUUGCAAUAGCCAGCUUCCCUGAGUGCUAAUUGAUAUGGAGCAACAGGUUAUUGCUGUGCUCACUGAACCAUAAGAAUUCAUUACUGCUUAAAUAAAAAAGAAUAUAGGACCCUUUUUCAUCCCAAUGUUUCUCUAUGAUCAUCCUCAGAAACAACAUGUCACCCUUUUUGACAUAUCUCGUUGAUCACUUUUACAGUCAACUCUCUCUGAGACAGACAGCUUUGGGCCUGAGUUUCCAGGUGUCUGUUUUAAGGACCGAGGUGUUCAUCUUAUAGAGGUGUCUGCUAAGAGAGUCCUCUGUGUUGAUGAGCAACUUACCCACAGUUCAUUUAAGGAUGGCAAGUCAAUUUCAUCCCAAAAAUUUACAGAAAAAUGAGGAAAAAUUUAAGUCGUUGGAUAUAGAUUAGAUCAAAAGGACCUCGCAGGGGGGCACACUAUGUAGAUAUGGAAGAGGGAAUUACUUCCCUUCCAUUAGAGAAGUCUUUGGACCUCCUUGGGAAAAAGACAUUAAUUUUAAGGGUCCUGAAAAGUGCGUUUAAGUGUAUUUGAACAACCAGGAAAUGAAUUUUAGGUGUCAUGAGGGUGACACCUUUUAGACAUGGUUUUUGGCUUGUCAAAUUUUACACUGUGGUACUCCUUUAAUUGAUUAAUAGGUUAUGUUGCAUAAACAGGCAUGUGCUAAUGAUAAUCCCUGUCUAGUACUGGAAUGAUAUUUUUCUUUUGGUGUACUUCAGUCACAAAAAAAUUAAAAGACAUCUUAAUUAAGAGUUUUAAAUAAUUUCAGAGCUGUCAUUAAGAGGCAGGGACUAGGGAUUUCCCCCUGAUACUACAAAUGUGGCCCCGGCUUCAUGUACUUUCACAGGAAAAUAGAAGAAAAAUAGAACCAAAAAAUAUCUCUAGCUGUUUGAUUCCCCUCCUUCUUGUUAUAUUUACCCGGCACCUUGAAAUCUUAGUGAUAUCCCUGAAUUUUUUAUAUUAGUGCAACAUUUCUUGUUGUUUUGUGGAUCAUCAUCUCUCUCCCAUAUUGAAUGAUGGAGGUUCAUAAGGGCUUUAACUUUUGAUUCUGUAGACAAAAUCUAUUGGUGUGGCCAAUCAGAUGAAACCUCCUUGGCAAUGAUAUUGCAUGAGGCUAUUUUUCAGCUAGCCUGAGAAAACAGACAACAUUUCGUGAUGCCACCAAUGGGGAAAAAUAACCUGAGGAAGCUUACGCCUUUUUGUGAUGCCACCAUCGGUUUCCCUGUGAAAUGACAUCUGAGAAACGAGUGCAGAAAUUCCAUACUGAUGACCCGUCACCAACCAGAUCUUGCCUUAAAAGUACUGCCCAGAUCUGGAUCAUCGGUAUGAAAUGUCUGGGCUUUCUUCUUAGAUGUCAUUUUGUCCUCUGUUUUCUCAGGCUAUUUUUCAGCCAAGAUUAACAUAGUCAUUAAGUGGAUGCGGGGACAUGGGGCGGGGAUGGGGGAAGUUUUCUUUAAUCUUUGUGGGACGGAGUCCAGUUCUCUAACCAAACCUUUAGGGCAAAAAUCAGCCCCUUCCAUGCCCCCCUCAUGUUACAGAGUGUUGGUUUUACUUGCUUUCCAAUAUAAUAUAAAAGCAAAACUGAAACAAACCAUAACUAUUAUUAUAUUUUGAGUUAUUUUUCAUACCUGCAACUAACAUUGUCAAUUUCCUUUUUAUUGCAAUCAGGAAGUGGCCUUGGUUGUUCUGGAGAAGAAGCUCUUGGACAGAGUAGACAAGCGAGACAGAGAUCUGGUAAUGGACACAAUGAAGAAGGGUCCCGUACAGCUUACAAGAUUAAGACAUCCUCGGCUGUUAGUUGUUCAACAUCCUCUGGAAGAAUCUAAGUAAGACAUUUUGAUUAAUCUCAAUGUGUGCAAUUCAAUCAUAGGAAUAAGCUGACGUUACAGGUCAAAUUUGAUUUCAGGUUAAAAUUAUUAGUCUUGAUUUUCAAUUUCCUUUGUUAAAUCAAAAUUAACCUGAAAUCAAAUUUGAAGUGAAACACUGACACCCUUCAGAAACAGAAUAAGUGUCUGCAACUGUAGCAGGCCGCUUGAUACAGGAAUGGUUUUUGUAAGUGGAGUUAUGCAAACAGGGUUUGUCAAGGCGGCAGCUGUAAUAGAGCUCUCUGCUUAUGAUUGCCCAUUAUUAAAGAUACAUUUGACUGUAUACCAAAAUUAAUAAUACUGUAUGAUGUCACUCUGCUUAGGGAUAAAUUGCAGGUGAGAGAUACAUGCAAUCUGAAUCGUCUUCUUUAAAACUUAAUGACUUAUGCCUACAUUGAUAUUUUACUCUCAUUCAGGGACUGCUUGGCUUUUGCAACUGAACCAAUAUUUGCAAGUCUGGCAAACAUUCUGGGAAAACAUGACAACAUGCCUUCUCAAAUCUCUCCAGAAUUUAAGGUAGACAUAAUUAUCAUUUGUCUUGUGCAUGUUGUGUGUAAAGAAUGAGUAUGCAUAGCUUCAGUGUGAGCAGCGAGGCAAAUUCUUGUACCAUACAGUAACUGUAACCAUCAAAUCUCUUUACAAUAAUAAUAUUAUUGAAGAGGUGUGUGGUCAAAAGCCGCAAUUGGCUUCGCAUCAACUGCCAGAUUUUAUUCCAUGCACCCCUUAGGCUGUCAUUAAAGGCCAGAGACCAGGGAUUACCCUUAACUACUUUUAGUAUGACCUCUUGGCUACUUUGAUAGAAAACAAAUGGAAAUAGAACCAAAGAACAUUGUAGCUAUUUAAUUCCCUCCUCUAACAAUUUAACCCAACAACUUGAAAUCUUAGUGGCACCCCUGACCUCUCUAAUUUAAAUGUGCCAUCUUAAGGACACAGCUAGUGACCAUUGUAGAGAGAUGGCAGUUACAGUAAUUGUACAAUAGUGAUGUAAAUAUACAUCUGCUUGAUUAAUUUAUUUAACAGUUAAUGAAUUAGGCUGAGUAUCUUAUGAAGAAUUAUGGAGAUCAAGGAGGGUGUUAUCCGUCGAGGCCAUAGGCCGAGGCGGAUAACACCCUCCUUGAUCUCCAUAAUUCUUCAUAAGAUACUCAGCCUAAUUCAAUAACUGUUUUAUUAUUCAUUGAAAAUAAUUCCUCAAUUAAAAACAUAGCUAAAACAUGCUUACCUCCAUCGAUCCAUAGAUGUUCAGUUCAUCUUCGAUAGUGUACGUUUAGGUUUGUCCAGCUCUGCAAAUAUUCUCCAAACAGCAGAUGUCGCCCUUCGAGUUGUCUUCUUGCUGUUCUUGCCAUGUUUUUAGCCAUUUUUUCACCUAGUUCGUACUCUUGAAAUAAGUGAAAUGUCCGCCAUUUUUUCAAGUUCACGACCAAAACAACUCAACCUCGUCCCCAGGUCUUCUCGGUUAACAGUGCCUUAACCUGCAAAAACGCUGCAUUUUUGACGUCAUUUCCUUGUUAAAGUCAAAUUUCUUCCAAAUUUUGUCAUCAGUAACUGGUUAUGGUGAAUUAAACGUGUGCUUUUAGCCAAUCAGAAUCGGGGAAAUAUUUGGAAUGAAUAAUACUAUUAGUUAACAUAUACUUGAUAUAGCUUAUAACUAGCAUAAAAUUGAUUUUUUGCUUAGACAUUUGAGCUGUAUGAUGUUGAAAGAGUCUAUGGAUUAUAUCAGGUUAGUUUUAGACAUUUGUGAUGGGGAAAAUUCUGUGUUAAAAUGUACAUAUAGGAUGUACAUUUUUGUUUGCUCGUUUGGUGUACAUGUACCGUACAAUCCAGCUCUUGUACGUGGUGUUUACUAAUUUUACUAACUUUGUGUUGUCUGAUAUUACUAUUUUCAGCUUGUGGAAGGGUUAACAUUCCUCCAUAAUGACGCCAAGAUUCUUCAAGGAAGUCUUGCUCCUGAAAUGAUUGUCAUUACAAAGAAUGGACAGUGGAAAAUUGCAGGGCUUUUCUUCAGUUCAACUCCAGUUGUCAUUGAUGGACAGGUAACAGCUGAAUGAUGUUAUAAAAUUCUGAUUGAUACGCACCCUAAUGCUCAUCAUUUUAUCACUUUAAAAAUGAAAUAUAAAUUAUAGGCCACUUUCACUCACAGAAAUACCAGCUAUUGUUACUGUGAGUUAGACAACGAAAAAAUUAACGCUGAAAACAAACAACGUUUCAAAGUCAUCCAUGACAUCAGUAUCAAGUUCAAAAUGAUUAGAAUAAACUGUGAGCUCAGAUCAGCUCAGGUCCUAUCCUGUUCCUUGAACAAGUACAUCUUAGAUUGCCCAUCCAGGCAAGUACCAAUAACCUUUCACACUUACACUGUACUUAUAGGAUGGGCAUUACUGGGCCCAAGUGGGAAUUCUUUUAAAGAAGUUAAUUAAGGCUAAGCGUUAGUUAAGUCAAGAGAAUCUCUUAAUGUUUUACCUAACUGUAAGUUGCUUGUAAAAUAAAGUUUAACUUUCUAGCAAGUACGUAGGAACACUGUCUCUUGUUGGCGGUGUGCAGUCAGUUUGGUGGUUCAAGCAUGGGGGAUGGUCAGCUGUGCUUGCAUCAGCUCUAUGUGCUUAGUACAGAUUUCCUGGGGGCCAUUUACUUCAUUUAGCCUUUGGAUCAGGCAUUUGUCCCAGCCUCUCCCUCCCUUUUAUUUUUCCACUGAUAAAUCUGUGUGACAGGUGCCUGGUUCCAUUAUUGGCAUGAGGGCUCAUGAUUGGAAGGAACUGGUCUUUUUCAUUGCAAAUGUAAAUGCUCUCAAAAGUGAGACUGAUUUGACCAGUUUUUCAGACCUCAUAACUGUACACACUAACUGUAAAGUAUUCUUACUGAAAUUUAACCCUUUAAGCCCCAAUAUCCACAUACAAAUUCUCCAGACUGAUCUCCUUACAUUUCCUGUAAGAAUUAGUUGAGAGAAUUUGUAAAAGAUCAAAGUAUUUUCCCUGUAAGUCAUCAUUUUAUUAAUUCUCAUGACUGUUUCUCUUGAGUACAUAGUGAUAUUGUUAAGGAGAAAAUAAUUGAUGGUUGUCACUCUUGGGACUUAAAGGGUGCUGGGUCUAAAGUACAGGCCCCACUAACUUGUUCAAACGUUGGAUAGCGCUAUCCACCGGAUAAAUCACUAUCCAGAUAAGUAUUGGGGAAACUAAUUGCACCAUUCACUGGAUAGAGAUUUAUCCGGUGGAUAGCGCUAUCCAGCCUUUGAACAACCGAGGCCAGGUCACAUUCCACAGGUCAAGAGUAGAGGUCACUGCUUCAUCGAUAAAUUACCAAACCACACAGAUUCCCCUCGAUCUAAGGGAGCAUUUUGUCAAGAGACUAAGGCUAGGAGACACUUUUAAUGCUUUUCAUUUAUUUGUAUCACGGUGACCUACUCUCUGACCUGCGGCCUGUAUUUUAGACCCGCCAAGUAUGCUUAUCUCUUGAGUGAAUAAACAGACUUUGACCAUAUUGAUCUGGAUUAGUGAAUGGUCACUUUGGGGAGUUGCCCCAUGCAGAGCUUGGAUUGUAUAAAGGCUGAAUGACAACAAUUUUAAAUGGAUUAAAGUCUCUUCAUGCUCAAUUGAAAUUUCUGUGGAAGUUAUGGUAACUGUGGAGGUGUGUGUGGCCAAGCAGUUAACACCUCAAACUUCAGAUCUGGAGGUGCAGGGUUCAAGCCUCACCCGUCAUGUUGUUUCCUUAGACAAGGAACUUUCCUACACUUUGUCUCUCUUCACCAAGGUGUAUAAAUGGGUACCGGCAACAUACAUUUACUUCUGGGGGAAACCCUGUGGGACUAGCAUCCAGUCCAGGGGGAAGUAGCAAUUAUACUUCUAUGCAUGCUUCAUGCUAAGGAAACUGGGAUAAGCAUCUGGCCAUUUGGGCCUUUGGUUCAUUUGCGCCUUUACCUUACCUUUACAAUGUAUAUACUAACUGCAGUGUCUGAUACAGUACAAUUGUCUCAUGUUAUUUUCUUCAGUCUAUGUAUAAUGCAGGCCAGUGGGAGCCACGUCUUUGGCCAUGGGCACAGCCUGACCUUAACUAUGCCGCACCAGAGUAUAUCCUUUCCAGAUCGUGUGAUGUAUCCAGUGAUAUGUUCUCUCUGGGGGUGCUUAUUCAUUCAAUAUACAACAGAGGUAGACCACCCUUUGAUUGCGACAACAACAUGACGGCAUUUAAGAGAAAUGUAGAACAGGUAAGAACCCAUCCAAAAUUUUUGGGUACAUUACUAAAUUUUGUUAAAUUCAUUUGUAGACGGAAUCAGAAUAUUUUCACAUAUUUUAUAAUUCUACAGUCAGUCAGGAUAAAAAAUAGGAAAGUAAAUACUGCAUUGUGCACGGCUUCUUGUUCAGGGUCUCUGUUGUGUUUAUUGAUCACUAGAGACUUAAUUAAGGAGCCAAUAGUAACAAACUCUGAAAUGGUUAGCUCACUGGAAGUUAUUUAUGUCCUGAGAGCCUCUGGUUCAUUGUUACAAUAAUAUCGGCUAUGUGACUAUGUUGUUCUAGCUUUUUUCUAACUAUAGCAUCAGGAAACAAUUAAUUUGUUGGUACGGGAAUAUUGUUUUUGUUGUUGUUGGUGGUGGUGGUGUUUGUUUAUUUGUUCGUUUUUCUUUCUAUUUAUGAAGAAAAAUUAAUAAUGAUCUUAUGAAGGUAGUUGCCUUGUCUUUUUAAGAUUGAGAGAUUUCAUCAGCAUAGGUAAACUGUGUGCAUUAUGGCAGGGGGGCAUUGCAGGUUACGUCAAGUGAGAAAUUCAGUAGUUUUCUCGCUUUCCUUGUGUGAGGAAAAAUGUUCUCUAUUGCAGUGUACAAUGUUAAUUUAUUAUUAUUAGUAUGGCUUUACGAUUUACUUAGUUUGCUCAGUACAACAGACCUUUAUCACUAGGCAGCCAUGUUUCUCUCGUCAACUAUUUUCCUUGGCUGGAUGUUGUAAAUUUUUGACAAUGCUCUACCUUACAAUGAAAUCUUACAUGUACAUGUACAGUGUAUGUUUGAUUAAUCUCUAAAGAUUGCUUGAUAAUUAAUAAUUCUUUUUUAAUUUUUUGUUAUUAACAGAAUUGUUUUAACAUAGUUUUCUCUCGUCAACUAUUUUCCUUGGCUGAAUGUUGUGAAUAAUUAUUAUUUUUAUUGUUUUUCUCAUAGAUGUCGAAGAACAGUGUAACAGCUCUUGGUAAUGUUCCUAAGGAUGUUCAACAACAUGUCAGGGACCUACUUAGCAUCACUUCCUCUCUUAGGCCAGAUGUUCAUCAGAUGAGCAAAGUAGGUUGGUUGUGCAAAAGUAAAAAAGAGUCACUUCAACCAGUCACCCUUCAUAUUCCACUGGAAGUUCUAAUUAGCUAUACAAGUAACAGAAAUAUCCGUAAAGAAAAUGACAGUAUCCACAACAAAAAUCUUUAUGACCUUCGGACUUCAACUGCCAAGAGCAAGAACAAACUAUUUUAAGAAUAGCUUUUGCUUUUACGGAUGUUUAACUCUGGAAUUCAUUCCUUUCUAGUUUAAAAGAGGAGACUUCUUGGAAAAAAAUUCAAAACUAAGAUCAGGUCAUACAAAGUACAUAUUGUAUCUUACACAAGCAGGAUUUAUUGUUUUUCUUCCUUUUUAAGUUUAAAUAGUGUGAGAUCUUUUUCCCAGGUACAAUGUAUAGACAUAUGCACCGGUAAAUUAAUUUAUUAAGCUUUGCUUUUAGAUAAAACAGAUAUUUUUAUUCUGAAGUUAUAACUACUGUGGGUACAGAGAAUAAACAUAGUUUUUGCUCACUCAGUCUUUCAUGAAGCUUUCUGGUGUACAAUAUAGAAGUACAUGUAGCUCCCUGUUCAUUACCAAGGCCCUAAGAUAUAAUAGAAUGCUCUGCCACAACUCUAAAUCUUUACCUUUGAGAAAAAAAUGCCUGAAGUUUUCAAUUACCAACCAGUGAUCAAUUCAAUAUGACAUUUCAUCUUUCAGAUUUCAUUCUUUGAGAAUGUCGCAGCCAUGACGUUGCAAUAUCUGGACUCUUUGGUGCAGCGUGAUGAAAUGGCUAAGUCACAGUUUUUUAGAGGCCUCUAUAAAGUCAUGUCAAAACUUCCAAAGGUAAAGGAUUUUUCAACCAGACAUUCUAAAGUAAAGUGGAUUACCUACACCUGUACAUUGAGGUCUUCAUAGUGAAUAACAUCAUAUGCAUGGCUUAUAACUGACAGAUGAUCAAUAACCUACAUGUAGUGACCCUUGACCAAUAAGUUUCACAACUAAAGUUUUAUCCUAGGUAUCAAACCACAGUUUGAGUAACUUUGACAUCAAGGGCGUUGUCACAACCUCAUUCACUGACACCAGACAAUCAUUUGUUAUUCUAAUUAAUGGUGAACAGUGGAGAGCAAAGAUAUGUGUUAAAAGCGUGAUGCACAUGCAGAGCUGUUGUUUUGCUCAUAGAACCAAUUAUUUUUUGGCGUUGUCCUUGUCGUUGUGGUCGUGGUCAAUAGCUGGACUUGGUCUGAUUAUUCUUCUCUUAUUUUCUCACUACAGAGAGUGGUUAUACAAAGAGUAUUGCCACAGUUGUGUGCAGAGUUCAGUAACCAUCAGAUGGUGCCAUUUGUGCUGCCUAAUGUUCUGUUAAUAGCGGAGGACUGCACUACACAAGAGUUCAGUGACCUUAUUUUCCCAGAACUAAAACCAGUCUUCAAAAUACAAGAACCCAUACAGGUUGGUGUGCAGUCAGUCUUAGCCAUCAAACUUUCAGUACAUUCCGACCAUCUUAAAAAUAGAUGAACUGUUCAAGCCCUAAGAGUGAUGAGCAUUGAAUUUCCCCUUGUUAUAUUAGAACCUUAUUAAACAGAGUGGUCAUGAGAAUUAAGGAAAUGAUCACACAAGAUGAAUUUGAUUGAUACUCUUACAACUUCUCCCCACUAAUUCUGUAGGAAAUGGUUAGGGGCAACAGAUGAGAAUUGAAAUUUUGAUAUUAGGGUUCAAAGGGUUAAGAGAAGAAAAGUUGACAAAAAGUAUCCAUCACAAUACAAAUAUAACCUCAAAGGAGUUUUUCAUAUCCUUUUCGUAAAAGGAAAGAAAGAAGCGACCAUUGCAGGCCAUACACAAAGCACACUAGUUUGGAACGUUUUAACAAAGUAGCUAUUGAUAGCGUUCAAAAAAAUUAAUUCCAACUUUUCCUUUGGUCAGGCAGCUUUCACGUUAAUUUGCUGACGGGGACCAUUGCUUGCUUGUCUUAGUCAAUAAUCUUAGCCACAAGGUGACUUUCUUUGAGUCUUACACAUUGGGCAAGUGAGCUGAAAAAUUCAUUUGUACAGCAAGAAAAUAUACUUUUCCUGGACAACGACACGGAGUUUUUAUUUUCAAUUCUCUUGACUGAAGACGUUAGAAAAUAACCUGAAGGCAUUUAGGAAAUGAUGACCGUAAACACCGUAGCAGUGAAUGCAAUAGCCGAUUUUAUGCUAGAGACCUUGAGUCGUCUGAGACGUUAAAGUCAUUUUCAGACGGCUUUAACGUCUGGUAUAAAAACGGUAAUAUACAUGUAAGACAGACGGCUUUUAACGUCUUCUGUUGGAGUACGUCCGAACGACGCACUUAACAGACGACUUAAACGUCUCAGACGUUAAAUGCGUCUAGAGGACUUUAACGUCUCUAGCACAUCAACGGCCAAUUUUACAGUUAAUGUAUAAUAGAGGAUUACCGCUUAAUACACAGGUUUGAUUGUGUACGUAAAGUUCCCCUUGUUGAAUUCACCCUAAGGAAGGCGACUCUUCAAGAAGUCCUGUGAAUUAGUUUUUAAUUCUGAUAAGGAGGUAUCCCUUAGUUGUGGCUCUGAUUAAAGUAUAUGAGCAGAAAUUCUAAAAUUGGGACGUUGGUUUCCCCUUAUUUUUUUAUAGGUUGUGAUUAUCUUUCUUAAGAAGAUGGACUUACUACUCGCUAAGACGUCAAAGGAUGACGUAAGAGACCACGUGUUACCCAUGGUCUGUAAAGCUCUGGAGACUCCUGCUGAACAACUGCAGGUGAUAAUAUUAGUCAACAAAUUUGUCGAAGUUCUCUUUUUACAACUGUUAAAAAUAAAUAGGACUCCGUGAAAGGAGAGUCGAAGAGAAGAGGUUUAUCCACAGACUAAAAGUUAGAACUACUUCAUACAGCAUAAUAAAGCAUACCACACGAAAAUACUGCUCAGUAGCUUACAUUUACGUGUUUACCUAGUCUUCAUCAUCAGCUUUGGUAGUGAAUUAAGUUUUACAUGUAUUUGUCCAUGCGUUGUUAUUAUUUUUGCAACUCUGCUAUACAACUGUAGAUGUUCAAAUUGCAAAUUUUGUGUAUGUUUUAAUCCUAGGAAAUGGUUCUGAGCAUCAUUCCUUCAUUUUCCAACAUGAUUGAAUACUCUGCAAUGAAGAACUCCAUCAUUCCACGCAUCAAGAACCUGUGCCUUCAUACGACAUCUUUAACUGUACGUGUAACGUUGAGUGACGUCAUUCUCCCUUUUUCUAAGCUCAGUAAAAUCAUUUGUUUUCCAGUCUGGUUGUUAAAGCUCUGCCUAAAGUUAAUCCACAGACUAGAAGAAUCCUUUUUUCUUCCCCUGUUCUCUUUGGUAUGAAACGUCCCCGAGAGGGGGAGACAAUCAUAGCCAUGGGGAGAAAAUGUGAGAGGGAGAAAGCAGUCAUGUCCAAUACUGUCUACAUGAUACGCGUGGAAAAAUACUUUUCACAAUUUGUACGAGCGGACAAGUUGUCGCGACUCGACAUACAGAGUUGUCGAGUGGAAAAUGCAUCUCAUUAGUUGACUAGGAAGGGCAUCUUAAUUGUCGAGUCGUACGAGCGGACAAGUUGCCUCGACUCGACAGACAGAGUUGUCGAGUGGAAAAUGAAUCUCACCAGUUCACUAAAGCAGAGAUCCGCUCAAUACAACCCUCAGAGAAAGAGUUAAAAGAAAUCGGGAUCUCUAGCGGGUUCUAUAAUCUGCUGACAUGGCAUCUUCGACACCUGUACAGUUUGACUUCUUCUUUAUUGUUCCUUGGACAGUGUACAGUUGUUUCGCUUUAAUGUGACCCUUUCGCUACGAGUCGUUUCGGUACUGCAUUUCUAUAAAAACUGUGAAAAUUUCUUGUUCUAAAAAUGGCGUCAUGGUUGUGAGUGGGAGUAAAUGGGUUUAGGACGAUUAUUCGCCAUUUGAACACCUCCCUUAAUACACCUACUUUGCCCCCCAAAAUUUUGCGAAUGGCGAAAAUCUAAUUUAUGGACAGGCGAUGAACUCAAUUGUUUGAAAGUAAAGUCAGUCUACUAAAGCUCCCCGCUAGUGAUGGUUGAGAACCGCUCUUAUAAGUCAAUAAACCUUUGUCACGUGGCGGCCAUUUUGUCUCAGGAGAUUUAAAAAGCUUUGUUUAUGCAUGGCUAGCCUCGUUCUCUCUAUAGCCGUGCAUAAACGAAGCUUUUUAAAUCUCCUGAGACAAAAUGGCCUCCACGUGACAAAGGUUUAUAGGGUUUGCUACUUUCCUUGGUGCUUAGAAUACAACGAAAUUGUGUGUUGCUCAGGUUUGAGUUGAUCUCUGCAAAUCCUCUUCCUUCCUCUUUCCUACGAAGAGCUUUAGAUUCUAGUUAACAUUAACUUAAAGCUCUAGUAAAUGAGAGAAAGAAUGGGUUCAGGAACUAACUGUCGCCUUUUUUCAAAUCAGAUUCGAGUGAACGCUCUGGUGUGUUUGGGGAAGAUGUUGGAAAAUUUGGAUAAGUAUGCAGUGUUGGAUGACAUCAUACCCCUGAUGAAUCAGAUCCCAUCCAGAGAACCCCCCACUCUUAUGGCUAUACUAGGUAAGCACAUCCACCCCUGUGGGGAUCCCAGAUACAGUGUAUCCCACCCCUGAAAACGCUUUCUAUGACAAAAUGCUGUUAUAGAUUUUACCUUUCAUUCUGGCUUGCCUUUAUUGGAGGAUAAAGGUAAACGUUUUACUGUUUGAUACCUAUAAAUUUACUAAAACAGUAGAUAAAACGCUUUUUUGGCAGCCGAAACCCAUCUAUUAUUUAAAGUAGCUUAAGUCUGGGCAAUUAAUAACCAAUGAAAGAAAACUCGCCCUAUUUCGUAGUAUUUAUAUCCAGGGUUUGCACGUACCUUAAAAAUCCUUGACAGUCCUUGAAUUUUGAAAUAAGUGUUCAAGACCUUGAAAGUCUGAAAAUUGCAGUCGGUGCUGGAAAGUCCUUGAAUUUCGGUACUAGCUUUAUCCAACCCAGAUUCUCAAGUGACUAAAAGGAGCAAACACAAAAAGACCUGCAGGAUAAAAUUGCUCAUGUUGUGGAAGAACUAAAAAUGGUAUAGACUCAAGGCUCUUUUUUGCACUAAAUGGAGUCGUUGAAAAAUGGGAAAUGUGUCCUUGAAAUGUCCUUGAAUUUUUUUUUUCAAAAAAGAGUACGAACCUUGUAUAUCCUAAUCAUUUUAAAUCGCCGUUUUUAUUCCUCAUUAGGAAUAUUCAAGCAAACAAUGAUUCACAAAAAGCUUGGCAUGGAUAAAGACUACCUAGCGACAAAAGCUAUUCCAUUUCUGUUUCCUCUAGCUGUAGAACCAGGACUUAAUCUUUCACAGGUAAUUGCGUGACUCGCCUAAAUAACAGCGACGUCCUAUUGACCAAGUAAUAAAAAAUGAACUUUAUUUGAAUGUCAAGGUAUUUAGCACGAAAGUACUAAUUGGGAAACUAUUCUUACGUCUCCAACUGGAGAAGGGACGGGACCGCCAUUUUACGUGGUCAUCCGAGCCACGCGAAGGCAGUCUAGCAGCUUGCAGGGCAAGGGGAGUACUCUUAUUUCUCAGUUAUUUUAAGACUCUGAAUAUUGGUCCGGUCCCGGGAAUCGAACCCGCGACCUCCCGCUCUGCAGUCAACACGCUCUACCGACUGGAGACGGAGAGCUUCUUACUUAAACUAAUGGAUUAUUGUUUUCUCCUCAGUUUGGUCAGUACAUGAAACUUAUCAAUGAGAUGGUGCGAAGAGUGGAGACGGAACACCGAACGAAACUGGAGCAACUUAACAAGAUGCAGGAACAAACCAAGUAAGACUGGGAUAGGUUACUUUUCCACAGCGAACUUCGCCUGUGUCACAGAUGUGAUCUAAUUCCGGUUAGUAAUGUCAGCGAAGCAGCACUGAUACCCUUGUUCUGGACCCCGAAGGACUCGACAAAUUGUCGGAAAUACGUUUCGAAAUACCCAUUUGCAAUUCGACAGUUAUAACAGCGUCAAAUAAAUUGAGCGUGGACUUUCCUUAUCGCUGUAUCAUAGGUUAUGUUUUUUUUACCAGGAGGCAGCGUGGCCGAGUGGUCAGCGCGUCGGACUCGCAAUUCAACGGUCCCGGGUUCGAGUCCCGCUCUGGCCACUUGCUGGAGUUGUCCUAGGUCGUCCCGAGUUCAAAUCCUCGGCCACACUUGUAAAUAGCCAACUGGUUGCCUCCUACCAGUUGGGGUUUUUAAUCCUGUUAUGUUGUAUUUGAAUUAUGUGUUUCUAAGUAUUUGAGUGGAGUGCCUGUAAACUAGCUGGAUAACCUAAGUGCACUUUACACUACAAAAAAAAAAACUCUCUCACAGGACGUCCUUAAAGUUUGCUCAGGAGGUACAAGAAGCAAAGGCCAUGGAUGAUCUGAUGGGUAAAAUAGAGAACCUCAUGACCGGCAGUACCCCUGACGCUGAACGUACAGGUAAUUAAACAAUUGGCACCGUUUUGGCGCACCACCUUAACCACCCUUUACAGCAUGUAAAACAGCGCCUCUUAAAAGUGCUACUCAAAACGUUCACGUUAGGAUUUCAUCUAAAACUCAAAGUUAGAAACCACUUUGUAUAGCGUAAUUAACAGGACCACUCGAAGGUACUGCUCCGAGCUUUCGUAUGAAUGGUCACACUUUAGGAUUUCAUCCACAAACUCGAAAGCUAGAACCACCUUGUACAUCAUAAUACACAAUACCACGGGGAAGUACUUCUCAGUAGCUUUCAUUUGAAUGGUAACACUUAGGUAUAAUUUCAUCCACAGCCUCAAAAUGUUAUAACCACCUUGUGUAGCGUAUAAUAAACAGUACCACAGGAUAGUACUGCUCAGUAGCUUUCAUGUGAAUAGUCACACUUCAGCAUACGUUUAAACCUCAUUUUACAACUCAAAACUCGGCUUACAAACUAAACAGUGAAUGCAGUGUGGUUCCCUUGGUUCAUGCAAAAUUUACGAAUUUUUUCUUCUGUUUCAUUUAAAGAUAAAGUGAAUACUUCUUCUUCCUCGAGAUCAAUGGGUGCAACUAAUUCUGCAGAGGUGAGUAGCUUUCAGUCGGUUUUCUUCCUUUCUAUACAUGUCUUUUAUAAGCUCAUGGCUUCUUGUUCAGGGUUUCUGCUGUGUUUAAUGAUCUCCAGAGACUUAAUUAAGGAGCCAAUAGUAACGAACUCUGAAAUGGUUAGCUCGCUGGAAUUUAUUUAUGUCCUGAGAGCCUCUGGUUCAUUGUUACAAUAUGUGCUACAUAAUUAGGUUGUUCUUGCGUUCGUAACUUAUGGAUAAUUUUUAAAUAUCACGUCUGCAAGGAACAUUGUUUGUUUGUUUUUCUUUUUUCUUACGAAGAAAAACUAGGGGGAAAAUCCAAGGGAGCAAAAAUAAUCGUAUGAACAUAUUUUGCCUUGUGUUUUUUUUAAGAAUAAGAGAUUUAAUUAGCGUGGGUUAACUGUGAGCAUUACAGCCAGGGGCCAUUACAAGUUAUAUGUCGAGUGAGAAAUUCAUACCGUAGCUUUCUGGCUUUCCUAGUGUGAGGGAAAAUGCUAAAGAGUUUUUUUUUCUCUGUUCUAAUGGUAGCGUUUUCUGCGGAGUUCCUCAUUUUCCUCGUUCAAAUGUCGUUUUAUUCGAUUGUCACCGGCGACGUCCACCUUUUUUGUUGUUGUUGUUGUUUUGUUGUGACCAGCCGGGACGCAAGGAAAAUGACGUCAUUAUUUCCUUUUAUUCCAAUCAUUCUGCUUUCUGGAGCAUAGUAGGUCAAUCAACGAAUAUUCCAGAUUAUUCUAUGCAUUCAUAUUCUAGAAUACGGUCGAUCGAACGCACCUUAAGAAAAGGCGACCUGAUCAUGAGUAGCCUGAGAAAACAGCCGACAUUUUGCGACGCCACCACUGAUUUCUUCGCGAAGUGACGUCUGGGAAACGAGCGCAGAAAUUCCAUACUGAGGACGCGUCAUUACCCAGAUAUGGGUUGUGCGUCUGAUUGGAUGAAGCAAAUUUCCAACCUAUCAGAGGCACUACACAGUGCCCAGUUUCCUUUCUUAUCGAUCUUUCUCCGAGACAGGCUAUGGAGUGUUUUCGCAUGACGUUACGGCGGCCAUAUUGAUGUUCCUAAGCGAUGAAACGACGCCCAUGUCGGUGUCCCAAACCAAUCCUUUGGUAGUUGAACUCGUUUCUUCUGUAAACGCGUGCUUUUGUUCCAAUGAAUUUGCAUAGGAGGUGGCCGCGUGACAACGCUGUGCUUUAUCUUAAAAAGACUUUUCAGAAGAAGUUAAAUGAAGUUAUAAGUUAAAAGUUGUAGCUCAUUGAUUUCUCUUCCUAGUUCAACAGAACGUUUGGUUUGCCAGAGAAUCCGUCACGAUCAAAAGGCGCAUCUCUUAACGGAAAUCUGUUAGGCGUCGAUGAGUUUGCGAUGUUGCAGCCAACCAAACAGCCGAGUCAGGAUAUACAAUCAAAUAAACCAACUCAAAAGGUGUGGUUCGUUUCAACUAAACUGUUAUUUGUUUCUACCUUUAUUUGCUGACUGAUCUUGAUUCAAUAAUGGGGGCAUUUGGCUCCAUCCCCGAGACUGUGGACGUUAUUUUAUAGUAUUACUUUACAAAUUAAAUCUACUGAGCAAUACCUUCCUGUGACGGUGUUUAUUAUACAUUUAACGUGUUUCUACAUUUUGAGUCUAUUGAUGAAAUCCUAAAGUGUGACCAUUCAAAUGAAAGCUUCUAAGCAGUACUUUCCUGUGGAACUGUAUAUUACGCUGAACAAGUUGGUUCAAACCUUUGAUUCGUGGAUGAAAUCUUGCUGUAUAAACGUUCAAUUACGACCUCUUUAGCUGUACUUAGUAGUAGGGGGACGACUUCUAAGACGAGUCAUUUUGGCGGGAAAUUGUGGUAGCUGCCGUCAAUCUACCACGGGUUUUAGCGAGAAUGCCUUAGUGGCGGAAACAAAUUAUCAACUGUUAGAGGUUUUAUUAUUUUGCGAUUGGAAGAGAGUUUAUCCUCCUCCAAUAAAAACAACCGUGUUAACUUUUUUGUUGAAAGAAACUACAAUGAAGCUUUCCGUGGUUUAAAUUUUUGAGAAUACGCAAAGAAAAAAACUUAGAGUAAUAGAGGAUGUUAGCAUCGACAACGAGUACGAGUUCUAGAACGAGAUCAGCGAUUUUGCGUUCUGCGCAUCCGUUCUGCGCAUCUCCACGUUUUCAAGUCGUCCUGUCAAGUUGCACUACGAUGAGUUCUCACCGAAAACUCGAAGUGGGUAGAACGACUGGGAAGAGCUGGUUUUCAAAGGUAAAUUCCGAUCGUUUAAUGCAGUUUCUUUUCGUUUCUAGCCUCUCUUUAACAUCUUGAACAUUCCUUAUAUUAUGUUUUAUGUAAAAUACUGCUGUUGAAGUCGAUUAAAAGCAACAGAACGCGAUAUUUCCUACACAGAGUAAAUUUGCAUUUACCGGGAAAGUUUCAUGUCUCUCCACAGGCCUCACAGGCUCACGAAAUAACCCCGAAAAUUGCCAUUAUUUGGUCGAAAAUAUCCCAACAGUCGAAGAUGUGAAUAAAGAAUACUUACUUCUUUAUCCAGUGUGGUUGUUGUGUUGAAUUUGAUGGGUUUUAGCGUGUUUUAAGACCGCAAAGCACAAAAUUCUUCUUGGUACAAAAAACCUUCCAUGUAAAUGAGUAACAAGCAGUCUUGAACGUUUUUUAGAGUCAUUUUUUGUUUUCGAAAUUGUUGUGGAAGCGCUACCUCGACUCAAAUUUGGCGCCCAGUCAUGGGGAAUCUCAUAAACUCGAACUCAGUGUCAUCGCUAACGUAGAAAGCUGAGAAAACGACUUCGAGUACGAGUACGGCUUGAGGUCGUUCUCGUCCUCGUACUCGUUGUUGAUGCUAACAUCCUCUAAUAUCUCGUUCCCGAAGUCGUUCUCUUCCUCGAAUCUGAAGGUCUCUAUUGACAUCAUAACCCAACUGCUACUUAAAACCCAUAAUUCCCAGGAUACAAUGUAUGUGAGACAUGAUAACAGAAUGAGCCGACAAUUAACUUUUCGCGUUGCAGUUCUCAACGCAAAAGACCUUAACGUCAAGCUCGUCCUUUUCUUUACCAUCUCGACCAAUGGCCGCUUCCUCUUUUUCGCAGCCUGGGACCUCCAGCUUCGGUUCUUCAAUGGCCAUGUCGUCAACACCCUCUUACGGAAUGGCGGGAUUAAAGAAUGGUAAUACAGGAAUGGGAUCCGGAAUGACUGGUUAUACAGGAAUGUCCGGAAUGAAUCCUGGUAUGUCGGGAUUAUCGAUGUAUGGAAUGAACUCGGGUACAUCUGGAUUAUCAGGUCUAAAUUCAGGAUCAAUGGGGAUGAAUCCCGCGGGAUCCACACCGAAGUAUUCAGCUACGGGAUCAUUCGCUGGAAGUCAGUCUAAAAACGCGGGUGGAUCGUCGGCGCUUGACUCGUUGUUUGCUCCUGAGUUAGGACAUUUACAAAACAAGAGUAAACCAUCGAUGAGCGCUCUGCAAGCGCAACAAGGGCAGCACGGUGGCAUGAAUCAAGGUACAUAGUUCUAUGCGUUUUUGUUGAGUCUAGUUUCAAUAUAAAGCUCUUGAAGGCACUGGCAACUACAUUUCUGAUCCCGAGUAAACAACUUAGACCAGGGUGGGCUAGGGAAGGGGCCUUAGUGGUACCAAAUCCGCUGGAUAGGCGUUCUGUGGGUAAGAAGGUGCAAAAUUCGAACACUUUUUGUCCACGACUGUAAAACCUUUUUGUAAGCUCCAGCCAAAUAUUUUUCUGGUUCGUUUAGGUUCGAUGGGAAGCAGACCCAUGAUCCCGCAACAAUAUGGCGGCGGUAUGAUGACGUCAUCAUCCGGGAUGUUCCCGAUGCAACAACAGCCACCAAUUGGUGGAAUGAGUGGUCAGCAGUAUCUGUACCAGUCUCCACCGAAUCAAUCAUCCACGAAUAGUGGAAAUGACUUGAAAGACCUGUUUGGUUAAUGAAGUCGGGCUUCGACUGUGAAAUUGUGUUCGUGGCAAGGGUAGCGGAGUAAAAAAAACGCGCUUUGAUUUUCCUUUGCGCUCUGUGCGUGAAUGUACGUGGUCAGCUGGGUAUUUAUGUGAAUUCAAAUAACUAUGAUAAUGUGCGGUUGCAACAAAGUUGCCCGUGCGGACUCACUGUAAAUGACCAAAUAAACAUCCACGCUGUUAAAAUUGUAUUAGGCGUCCCUCUCUAAUAAGCGCCCCCUAUGAAAAUUACUCCAAAAUACUAGGAAUGAGCAAAAAGGAGCAAAAUCAUUCCAUUCAUGCAGUUUCUUGUUUGAUUAACAAGGCUUUGCGGGUAACACAAUAACCCUGAGCGAGGGUUGUGACAUCAAUGUCGGGAUUUGAAAGAGCGAUAUGGAUCUCUAGACCGUACAUGGUGUAGACGUCGACAUAUCAAUUGAUGGAGUGGAUAUUCUGCUAUUUUUAAACUCUCUUGAUAUUUUUGCCGAUAGCAAUUUAGUUUUCUUGAGCUUUUUACAGUUACGAGAAUAAACGCUCCCUAUG